AUGUUCGUCGGCGUUGCCACGGCUGCUGCCGUGGAAUCCCUACCGACGACGAUGACGAGUCAUACGUCUCCUGGUGAAAAUUAUGACAACCAAGGAAUGAAAAGCGCGCACAAUCUUGUUGGGGAACCACCGGCAUUCGAAAGCGAUCUCGAACGCCGUCAGCGGGUCUGGGAAGACGAGAAGUCGCUGCUAGCGAAGAAGCUCCAAGUCGCCCAACUUGAGCGAGAUCAAGCAGUCUCGCAGAAUCGGGACCUUCUUACUACCAUACAAAGCCUGAAAACACUGUUGGAACACUCGGAAGCGACCAACGCCGACACGGAAGACCGUAUCGCUCAAGCCGUACAAGGAUCUAGAGUUGCCGCUGCUCGUCAAGCAUCGAAAACGAUCCAGAGCUUGGAAACGCGUCUGGAAAAACUACUGACUUCCUAUAGUGAACUAAAGGAUCAGAGUGGUACUCUCACGGAGACAUUGAAGCAGGCAAAUGCUCGUCUGGUUUCGGUCGAACAAGAACGGGAGACUCUACAAGCUUCGGUAUCUCGUUGGGAGGCAAACGUCCAGAUACUAGAAAUGGAACGCGCUCAGAUCCCAUCUACAUUGGGCGGAUUAAACGUUUCGGAUUCUUCUGUGAAAGGUGUUCAGGAACAUUGUUCCCCAACAAUGUUGGUGGAAAAACAGACUUUGGAGUUAGCAUUAGCGAACGAGACCAAACGUGUGCAGGAACUCGAAAGUCAGCUCGAACAAGCGAAAGUCGAGCAACAUGAACUCGAAAAUUCGUCAAUGUCAUUUCGUAGCAAGAUGCAGAAGAUGGAAUUCUUGAACGACAAGCUUACAGCACAAUGGGAAGAAUCUAACGCAGUUGCGGCCCAAGUCGACGCCUCCCAAAUAACGCUAGAGUUGGAGCACGUACAGGAACGCAUCCAGCAGCUGCUGCAAGAAAAGAAUGCAUUGAAGACGGAAGUGGCAGAUCUGCACAGGCAACUCAAUAACACCAAAGCUGACAGUGAGCGAGCCGCGCAACAUUUGCAAACAAGCAAAGAUUUAGCGGAUUCUUUGACAAUCCAGCUAGCGGAAGCUGUAACUGAAUUGGAUUUCGUGGAGGCGUCUACAAAACAGGCAGCCAAUGAGAAGAUAGCAGCAAUCCAGUCACGCUACUGGACGCGCACCACAGAAUUGCGAGAACGCAGCGAUAGUCUAUCAGUGGAAUUAGCUACAGCAAAAUUGCAACUGCGUCAAGUGAAAAGGACGCUGUUUGAAGUGCGACGAGAGUUGUUUGAAUCUAACGAAAAACUCCGAGAUCGCCAUCGGUGGAAGCAGAAUGCUUGGACUCGGGUUCGCAUUGCGACACAUGUUAUACAAAUUCCAUACGAGCACCUUUGGCGGUAUUUUGAGCCAUCCUACGUGCAAUACGUGUCACCGGUUCUAGAACAGCUGCAAUACUUUUGGCAACGACUGCAAGUACAUGCAUGGCCAAUGUUGGGCUUACUAGCAAACUUGGGGCGGGAGCUGUGGGUCGAAAUUCCCAUCUUGUGGAGUAGGGCUUGUGCGGAAUUUCGUCUUGUUGUGCCCAAGGUGGCGGAAAGUCUGGCGCCUUUGGGGAAUCGCGCCCAGCAGACAUGGGGUUAUUUUCGAUCGCUUUGCCAACAUGUAUUGGACCGCGUCUUACCGCACCAUAUUGUGUUCAAUUUUAUUCCGUAUAUGGAUACUAUUCGGGAAAAGCUGUCGCCUUUGACGGCUCGCAUAGGAGAGGCCUGGGAUUUAUUCCGAUCCUUCUGCAAGCAACACGUAUACGACCGCUUCUUGCUCCGGUACAUUGUUUUGGAAUUGCGUCCAUUUGUGCACACACUGCGAGAACACCUAAUGCUUUUGUGGGAUUGUGCAGAGCACGCUUGGGAAUCGUUCUGUUUGCUUUGCAAACGUCAGAUAUUUGACCGCUUCGCACCCAAGUUUGUUGAGUUGCACAAUAUAGAUUUGUACGGCUGGAGAUAUCGCGUACAAGACAAACUUGUCAAUGGCAUUCGUGUGGUUGCCGACACUUUGCUGACCUAUUGCAAACUGAGCGACGCACCCCAGCCUUUCGUUCAUGCUGUUCGGUACAUUCGUGACGAUCCCGAAUGGUCCAUCGUCGUCAUCGAAAGCCUGGUGCUGGUAGCAGCCGUACUCGCUUUGACGAGACCCCUUUCGUGGCGCUGGCGGUCUCGUGUGGUCAAAUUGGAAGCCAAGCCACGGCGCGGAUGGUUUUAG